AUGAUCACUUUCUUAGUUGGACUUCUAUUCAUUUACGCUUUUGGGAGUGGAAAAGUGGCUCGAGCGAAUGGCGCGAAAAGCAACCGCUUCGUAUGUACAGCUGUGCCCGCGGGCGCAGACCUCAGCUGUCCGGUGGACACCACAAAUCGUGUGCAAGGCACGAGUCCGCAAGAGGAGGAACUGAGAAAUACUAUCAUCCAACUUCGUGAGACCAUUUUGCAGCAAAAAGAGACUAUCGUCAGCCAACAGGGCACAAUCAAAGAGCUGAACUCAAAACUUACUCGCUGCGAGGCAGCUGCCCAGGACACGCGAGACAGCAAGUCUCGAGUUCAGGGCUCCAGGAGAAAGGAAUACAGCAAAAAUACGAUGGGAGACUUGCCGCGUGACCCUACGGAAACCAUUGAUCAACUUGGGAAGACCAUGCAAAGUCUUAAAGAUCGUCUUGAGAACUUGGAGCAGCAGCAGUUGCGUGCUAAUGCAUCAGGAGCUACGUUUCCCAAUGAACUGAAGGAACUACUGAAACACAGGCUGAGCGAUCUGGAAAAACAACUGCUCACCAAAGUGGCUGAGCUGGAGGAAGAGAAGACUCAGCUCUACAACGAGACAGCUGCCCAUCGCCAGCGUACUGAAAACACACUCAAUUCCUUGCUGGAAAGGAUCACAGAACUGGAGAGAAGCAACAGUGCGUUCAAAUCACCAGAGGACUUCAAAGUUUCCCUGCCUCUACGCACUAACUACCUGUAUGGCCGCAUUAAGAAGAGCCUACCAGAGAUGUAUGCCUUCACUGUGUGUAUGUGGCUCAAGUCCAGUGCCAGCCCAGGCAUUGGCACUCCUUUCUCCUACGGUGUGCCUGGACAGGCUAAUGAAAUUGUGCUGAUUGAAUGGGGAAACAAUCCCAUUGAACUCCUUGUCAAUGACAAGGUGGCUCAGCUACCUCUGUCAGUGGGUGAUGGGAGGUGGCAUCACAUCUGCAUUACCUGGACAACUCGAGAUGGUUUCUGGGAGGCCUACCAAGAUGGAGAAAGACUGGGCACCGGGGAGAAUCUGGCCCCCUGGCAUCCAAUUAAACCUGGUGGAGUCAUUAUUCUUGGCCAGGAACAGGAUAUUGUAGGUGGGAGAUUUGAUGCCACCCAAGCCUUUGUGGGGGAGCUGAGUCACUUUAACAUGUGGGAUCGUGUCCUGCGGCCUGUGGACAUCUCAGGCAUGGCUAACUGCUCCUCCUACAUGCCAGGCAAUGUGGUACCCUGGGUGGAUGCCAACGUCGAGGUGUUUGGAGGUGCCACCAAAGCGGCAUUGGAGAUUUGUGAAGAUCGGCUCUUUGAUUCUUAA